GUUUUUGGAGAUAAAAACCAGUGAAGACAGCUCGGAUCGCGCAUUGAUCCGAAUACUGGGGGACGGGAGGGGUCGAUCAUGGGGAACGAAGCGAGCCUGGAAGGAGGCGAAGGGCCGCCGUCUGGGCUACCGGAGGGGCUGGCACCUGACGGGAAGGGCGGCUUCGUCCGGGUCUCCGAUGGGACUCCGGUCAAUCUGAAUGAACUCAGCGAGGAGCAGAGGAGGCAGCUCGCCGCGGCGAUGUCAAGGGCGCAAGGCAGGCAGCCUGGAGGCGCAGCGGCUGCACGAAGGCCUUCAGAAUCUGAUGCCCAGCAGGUAGGGGCCUCCAGGGGCCCAGCAGGUCUAAGUAAAAGUCGAACUGUUGACGCCUUCAAUCAAGGUCCACCCGGCAAGCCCACACCAGGCCGCAGUCCUUCAUCGCUGAGCCUCUUUGAAUCCAGAUUCCGGCAGGAGCCAAAAGCCUCAGAGACCAAAUCAUCCGGGAUGUUUGGCUCCAGCUUCCUCAGUGGGGCCAAUCCCCUCAACGCCGUAUCAUCUAUGACCUCCUCCGUCUCGUCCUCCAUAACCUCCAUGGGUGACGCAGUCAACAUCCCCAAGUUUGGACUAUUUGGGGAUGAGGAGGAGGAAGAUGCAUCGACAGCACCACAGUCCAAGCAGGGAGGGAAGCCACCAGGGAAGGGCCCUCAGCAAGGGCCAGGUCCAAAAGGGCCACAGCAAGGAGGACCCCAGAAACAGGGAGGGGGUCCUCCUGGACAGGGACCAAAGCCAGGGCAAGGACCCCCUGGUCAGGGACCGAGACAAGGUCAGGGGCCACCAGGUCAGGGGCCCAAAUCAGGUCAAGGUCCUCCUGGACAAGUACCACCAGGUCAAGGACCCAGGCAAGGUCAAGGGCCAGCAGGCCAAGGGCCCAAACCUGGUCAAGGUCCUCCUGGACAAGGACCAGCAGGUCAAGAACCCAGGCAAGGCCAAGGUCCUCCAGGGCAACAGGCACCCAGACCAAUCCAGGGUGGACCUCCUCAGCAAAAAAGUGGCCCACCACAGCAAGGACCUGGAAAACCUAGUCCCAAACAGCAAGGGCCACCAGGUCCUGGGGCAUCAGCAAAAAGUGCAGGGCCUCCUGGUCAGCAGGGUGCUGAAAAACCUGCAGGUGGACUCUGUCCAUUGUGUAAGACCACCCAACUGAACACUGGAUCUAAGGACCCACCCAACUAUAGUAACUGUACAGAGUGUAAGAACCAAGUCUGCAGCCUCUGUGGUUUCAGCCCACCAGACUCAGCGGGUAAGGAGUGGUUAUGUCUGAACUGUCAGAUGCAGCGAGCGAUGGGAGGAAUGGAUCCCCCAGGCAUGACAAAACCCAAGCAAGGCUCAGCCCCACCCUCACCCCAGAGACAGGCACCCGGCAAGCCUGGCAAGCUGCUCAUAAAGCAGCAGAGCACCACUGACCAAGGAUUAACACCACCAACCACUCCAAGGCAGAAGUCCCCUGGUCUUUCCUCUCCAGGACCCCUUUCCCCCGGCUCAUCACUGGGAGGUUCCCCCAAAAUUGACCCCAAGACAGGUCGCCCCAUUCAGCAGAAGUCCAGUCCCCAGCAGUCUCCAGCCAAAGCCAAACAGGAGUCUAGCUUCUUUGGGGGGUUAGGAGGAAUCAGUUUAGGAGGCCUCACAGAUGCAGCAAAGCCUCCUGCAGCUGCUUCACAAGCUGCUGAGUCUGUAACAGGCAAACUGUUCGGGGGGUUUGGUGGGCUGAUGGCUGAGUCAUCGAAGCCUCAAGCACAAGCUGCACCAAAACAGGAGGAAUCAGUGGCAGGGAAGUUGUUUGGAGGUUUCGGAGGUUUGACAGACUCUGCUAAGCCUCCUGCUGCAUCUCAGAUGUUCAGCUUCGGAUCAUCCCUCUUGAGCUCAGCCACCAAUCUCGUCUCUGGAGAAGAUGAAAAAGAGCCAGAGUCUCCACCUGGGUCACCACCAGACUCUGGACCAGGUUCACCACCUGAGUCACCUUUCUCUGCCCCUGGAUCUCCCCCAGAUUCAGACUCUGCUCCUGACACUCCACCUGCUACGUCCAAGAAACCACUAAGGACCAUUUCUGUGGAGCAUGAAGCGAAGGCUCCAUCAGGUGAAUCAGCUCCAGCUCCAGCAGCCAAGAGAAACUGCCCUCUUUGUAAUGUUGAGCUCAGCAUUGGAUCAGCAGACACACCCAACUACAGCCUGUGCACCGAGUGUAAGAAAGAAGUGUGCAAUCUUUGUGGAUUCAACCCUACUCCUCACUUAGGAGAGAAAGAAUGGCUUUGCCUGAACUGUCAGACCCAAAGAGCCAUGUCAGGCCAGCUGGGAGACAUGCCACCACCACCGAUGGCUUCCCCACAGAAGCAACCUUCUCCUGCUCCAGCUCCUGUUCCCUCUUCCACCCCUCCACCUGCUGCUGUAGAUAGCAAACCUGUAGUAGAAGCAACAGACCCAACCCCACCACCUCCUGAGACCAAGGUGAAGAUAGUGGAGACUUUGAAAGAGCCGGGAGUGAACGAAUUGGUGACCAAGGAAGGCAGUCCCACCAGCCCCUCAGACCUAGCAAAGCUGGAAAACACUGUGCUUCCAAUUCUUGAGGCUCAACCAAGCACAAAAGAGGAUGAGAAACAAAAUGACACUCUAAAGACCAGACGCAAACUGGAGGUGCUCCCUCUUUCACCUGACUCACCUAGUUCAGAAGAAGACAAAGAACUUUCAGAAAAAUAUACCCAAGGAACUACAAAGAAAAAGCUCCUUGUGCCAAUGGAUGUCAGAGCAGAUUCCUUGGAUGAUAGCAGUGAAAGCUUUGGAAAAGAAAGUCCAAUGUCAGGAGAUGAGGAGGAGUUUAUCAGAAAACAGAUCAUUGAAAUGAGUGAGAAUGAGGACGCCUCCCCAUCUGAUGAGGAAAACCUCAUGAGGCGAAAGAUCAAAGAGGAGGAGAAGAAACAUAUGGGACAGAAAAAGACAGACACUGUAGAGAAGAGCGCAUCAGGAAAAACCAGGCGACUCACCAAGAAAACCACUAUAAGUCCAGAUGAAGAUGAUAAGGAGCUCACCACCUUAUUGGAUAAAGCACAUAAAGACAAAGAGAGGGAGGAAGAACCAAAAGAAGAGGAGGAUCAGAGUGGUACUGCAAUUCGCAAAUUCCAAUCUAUGGAGCUGAAUACAACCAGCAGCCCAAUGCAGAUACCUAAUGCCGAUGGAGAGCCUGAAAUAGAAUGUCUAACAGACUCUCCAGAUGAUCGGUCCAAAGGUGAAGGAUCAUCCAGUCUACAUGCAUCCAGCUUCACUCCUGGAACAUCCCCAACAUCUCUAUCAUCAAUGGAUGAAGACAGUGACAGCAGUAGUCCAGGCCAUGUCCGUACUGGUGAGGGUAAACAGCACAGGAAAGCUAAACACAGACAGACUGGCCAAAUGCUGCCAACUAUUGAAGACUCUUCUGAAGAAGAAGAGUUACGGGAGGAGGAAGAACUGCUCAAGGAGCAAGAAAAACAGAAAGGCUCAGGGAAAAAAUCCAAGAAAGACAAAGAGGAAAUUCGAGCCCAGAGAAGGCGAGAGCAUCCAAAGACACCACCGAGUAACCUUUCUCCUAUUGAAGAUGCCUCACCAACUGAAGAACAGAGGCAAGAGGCUGAAAUGGAGGAGAUCAGACGGUCAUCCUGCUCUGAUUUUUCACCAAGUAUUGAAUCAGAUCCUGAAGGCUUUGAAGUCCAUGCUACAAAGAUCGCAGCAGUUCAAAAAACAUAUCAGCUGCCUACAUCAGUAUCACUUUACUCACCAACAGAUGAUCAAAACACUGAUAAACCUCAGAUAAAACCACUCAAAUCUGCUGAUGAAGCCUAUGAAGAAAUAAUGCUGAGAGCAAAGUCUCCAACAACUGACAAAGGUGAAAUUCAACUGGGAAAAGAGUCUGUAUAUGGAGACAUACUCAUUGAAGACUAUGCUUAUUCAUCUCUUAUUGACAAUUCAACUGCUGAUCUGGAGGAGCCAGAGAGAAUAACUGUUCCUGCUGAACCCAAAAAGCUGCGGUCACCUGAUGAAGUUUAUGAAGACAUGAUAAAAAAAAGAAAGGAAUUCAUGCAGUUGGAGCAGGAAUACCAAAACAUGCAGCCAAAAAAGGAAAGUACUAACCCAGAAAUUGUGCUCCAACCUGCUGAGAGUACAUUCUCCAAAAGCUGUAUAGUAACAUUAGGCAAAGAUGGGAAGCCAUUGUUAGAUGCGGAAACUGCCUAUGAGGAGCUAAUGAAAAGAGCCCUGACUCCAGGAACAAGUCCAACUCAACUUGAGCCAGAAGUAGAAGCAACUGCAUCAAGAAAGGCCUUACACCCCAUUCCUGAUUUAAAAGUGACACAGUGUUCUUCAGGAGAGUUAUCUUCUGAUGAUGAGAGUGUCAUCAAAAAGGAAGAGGAGAAAAAUGAAGCAUCAGAUAAGACAACAAUAGAAACCAAGCCUGUAAAAGAGGUUUUUGAGUCUUCUCUAUCAUCCACAUCAGAUCAUCAACCUCAAACCACUAUCACAGCAUCCCAGGCUGAUGUUGUGGACUUAUCAAAUGCAUUACCAAAAACAUCAGCACCUGUGAUUGCCAGUGUAUCACCUUUACCCACAGUACCCCAGUACACACCAAGUAUAUCCAGUGUAGUGUCAACUGCCCCACCUGUUCCCCCAAAGCCAAAUGUCCUCCGUAGGACUAGUUCUCAGGAAAAAGCAGAAGAACCUGUUGUACCAUCACAGCCUCCUCCCACCCCACCAAAACCUACCGUGUUUCCCAGGAAAGCUCCAGUUCCACUUCCACCUCAGGCUUCAGCAACUCCAACAAGACCAGAGCCAGUGAUUAUGUCUACACCUCAAGGAUCACCUAUAAGACAAGCAGUUACUCCAACAUACAAACCUCAUGUGCCCCCUCCUGUUCCUCCAAAGCCAGUCAUUCCUUCUGGUAUAGGAGAUGUUCACAGACCAGGGCAUGGUGUCAAACCACCAAUUGCACCAAAGCCUGGCUCACAGCCACCUUCACCUGCCCAUGCCCCACAUCCACCAAGGCCUACUGUACUUCCCACCAGUCCCAAUGACACAGUCCUCAAUUUGAGCCCCUCUAUUGAGUGCAAGCCAUUUCAACACUCACCAAAGUCACCUUCUUCUCCAAGAUAUGCCAGCAAUCUUCGUGACACAUAUGUUGUCAUCACACUGCCAUCCCAGCCUAGCUCACCAGUUGACAAUAUAACAACUCAAGCUCCCUCCAGCCCUGGGCCAGCAUCUCCUUCACGGCAAGCUCAGCCUGAAAGUUAUCACCAACCACAAUCUCAGCAUCCGUCAUAUCCACAGGAUCAUCAACAACCAGCUCCUCCUCAAACAACUCGGGUGCCUCUGGCAUAUACACGUGUCACAGAGUCAAUUGAAAGUCAAGAGAUCUGUGGUCCAGAUAAACACGUAUCUAGUUCCUGUCAUAUAAUUGAGGCUAUAUCGGCCUCAGCACGACCACCAGUUGUUAUGCCUAACCUUAUCUCUCAAGUGGUCACUACAGAAGUUCAGAGAACCACUGUCUCUGUUGUUCAUGAAAGGACACCACCACCAGUGCAAGCUCCAAGGGCAAAUGGUGUCCCCAUUUCGAUGGAGAAACCAAAGCCUCAGAUGCCAGCACAGAAUGGACAGCCCAUUCAACCUUCUGAAGUGGUGGAUCUUCGGACAGUGAAGGUGGAUCCAGGGUCAAAUAUGAAUGGUGUUGAUUUAUCUUCUGGCCCAGACUCAAGACGUCAGUCCUUUGCAGGUGAAAUCAGUCGUCACAACAGUGCCGUGCAGUCACCUGUGGUCAACCUUAGUGCUGAAUCAUCCACUGUUUCUGUAGUGACUGAUAGCAUCACCAUAGUGACCUGUGCUGCCACAAUCCAGCGAAGCGACAGUGUAGACAUCUCCCAAGUAUCUUCAGUGCCCCUUCAGCUAACUAAAAACAAGGCAUUUGAACCUGUAUCCCAAAUCAUAUAUCGACCAGUUGAAAGUUCGCAGCCUUCAACUUUUACUACUACAGAAAUUCCAAUUAACCUCUCAGUUGGAUCAAGCACAGGUGGAGGAAGUUUCCAGGCUACCCCUGUCACUAUUGCACCCACUUCUGUUGCACAAUGUGUUGCCAAUGGAUUGACAACAGGUACAGCCACAGUGGCAGGAGCUGUUGAUCUCAGUACAACAAAGCCUUUCAAUACUGUGGUAUCAGUGGAUGCUCCAUCUACAGAGGUGGUUACAGCUGUAAUAACAGAUGAUGGCAAACCAGUGGAUCUGACAGCAGGUAAAAGAGCUGUAUGUUGUGAUGUCGUGUACAAGCUCCCAUUUGCAGGUAGUUGCACCACUCAGCAACCAACCACGCCCCUGCCAGAGGAUCGUUUCGGAUAUCGUGAUGACCAUUAUCAGUAUGACCGAUCACCUUAUGGCAUGAGAGGUUUUGGUGGGAUUAAACCCUCUAUGUCGGACACCAACCUAGCAGAAGCUGGUCUUUUUAUAUACAAGAGUAAAAACAGCUAUAAUUUCAGUGGCACGACAGAGGGUGCAGUAGAUCUUACCUCAGCAAAGAUUUCUGAUGCAGGUCAAGCUGUUGACUACUCCAAGAAGGGGAAUUAUGCAGGAAUGACAAUUCCACCCUUUUCCCAAGCCAGAGCCACAAGCGCUGUCAGCACACUCUUUGGUACAAGCAGUGUUUUAAGGUCAUCAAAUGGAGUGGUUUAUUCAUCUGUUGCAGCACCGAUCCCAUCUACAUAUGCCAUUACUACCCAACCUGGCUCCAUAUUUACAACCUACAACACCCUGUCAGGUAUGCACACGAGUGACACUAUGCCUUCACUGUCCAACCUCCAGAACCUGCCACUUACACGAUCCCAAAGUUUUCUGUCCACAAUUUCAACAACAGAAGAACAAGGAGAUGCUCCACUCAAUCUGGAAAUCUCUAGAGGAGGGAUCACAGCUGUUGAUGCUACCACUACAGCAACAACAUCUUUAUCCCUUGACACCUACACUGAUGCAUCCCUAGAGGCUAUAGCUGCUUCACUGGAGGCUCUGUCUUCUCCCAUGGUUCCUGGGGAUGGUCAGUAUCAAGCAGAGCGGGAGAGGCUAGAAAUGGAGAAAUUCAAACAGCAACGCCUGGCUGAAGAAUUAGAAUGGGAGCGACAGGAGAUCCAGCGGUUCCGUGAACAAGAGCAGCUCUUGGUACAGAAGGAAUUGGAGGAGUUGCAAGUCAUGAAGCAGCAUAUAUUGACGCAACAAGAAGAGGAAAGACAGGCUCACCUCAUGAUGCAAAAAGAAACCUAUGCCCAGCAGCAGCAGCAGCUUGAGCAGAUUCAGAAACUCCAAGAACAGUUGCGCAUACAACUGGAGGAGCAAAAGUUUCGCCAGAUGUACCCAGGAGGGGACAUACUAGGGCAUGGCGUGCAAGAGGCUGUUGUAUUAGGGCCUGAUGGUACUGUACUUUCACGUAAGAUCACUGAUAGUGGGUGCCAGACAGAUGAGGAGGAUGAAACUGUCAGCAAAGCUUACACAGCUGGGAGAAAGAAGAGGUGUGCUAAAAAGAGUGUUGAUAGUUGUGUGCAGACUGACGAUGAGGAUCAAGAAGAAUGGGAAGCUCAGAGUAGAAACCGACAAAGCCGGCCACGCACUGCCAGAGGUGAUAGAAGUGGACAGUUAGAGAUGUCUCUUCAAGCUCACACUGAAAUUUCCAUCCAAACUGACACAGAUGGAAAUAUUCGAAUGGACACCAGGAUGGAAUUGUCUGAUUCAGAGAGAACAUCACCAAAGAAACGACCUACUCCCUUAGAAAUAGCCCAGUCUCCUAACCUUAAACCAGAUUCUUCCACCCUCCAAGCCCCACCUAAAUCCCCUAAAGUGUUGUAUUCCCCUAUAUCCCCUUGCAUAUCUCCAAGCAAAUCCCUUGAGUUUGUUUCCUAUGACAAGUCACUAGGUGAUACAAGCCCACAGAAGCUAAGAGGAGGUACAGAUCCAUCAAAAACCUCUCCAGCAAGUCCCAGAGGACCGAAAACCAUGCAGCGAUCAAUGUCUGACCCUAAGCCCAUGAGUCCAACUGGAGAAGAAAGAACAUCUGGUACCCAGUACAGUGAUGGCCAUACAGGAAAGGGCUCAGAUGGCACACCAACUGGCACUCAAAAGAAGGUGAAGAGGACUCUGCCCAAUCCACCAUCAGAGGAAGAGUCAACAACAACUGGCCAGACAGCAUAUAGCACUGGCUCUGCCCGCCGGAGAAUGUGCCGCAAUUCAAACAUGGCACGUGCCAAGAUCCUUCAAGACAUUGAUCGUGAGCUAGAUCUGGUGGAGCGGGAGUCUUCCAAGCUCCGCAAAAGACAAGCAGAAUUAGAUGAAGAAGAGAAAGAGAUUGAUGCUAAGCUCAGGUAUUUGGAAAUGGGAAUUAAUCGUAGAAAAGAUGCAUUACUAAAGGAGAGAGAGAAGAGGGAAAGGGCUUACCUACAGAGUGUUGCAGAGGACAGAGACUACAUGUCAGACAGUGAAGUUAGUAAUAUUCGAGAAACUAGAGGUGGGCACAGUGGUGGUGAAGAUGAGGAAAUUGAGGGUCAUGGUCUUGAACGUCCCAGGACAGCACCUCAGUCAGAACUGGAUGACUUUGUGCCACCUCAAACAAAGCAUGAAUAUGGAAAAUACACUCAGUACCAAUACCCUCAAACCCAAUACCAGCAAUCUAUCUAUCAGCCUCCACAGUCUUACCAAUCCCAUUCUAUUUACUCCUCUGUUCCAUCACUCACUAGCUCCCAACAACAGAGUUACCACCAAAUGCUUUUGUUGCAACAGAAAGCCGCCAGACAAGCAGCACUCCUCUCAGAGCUUGACGCAACAAAAUAUGAUGUGAUUAGCCGUCAGCCUGAUCCUACAUCAUCAGCUUACCUUGGUGUAAAGUAUGACAAAUAUGGCAACCACCUUGAUCUCAGAGCCUUGGAGGUGGGAAGCAUAGCAGGUAGCCCAAUGUCAACUGUCUCUGAUUCUUACUACACAGAUGUAGACCACCAUACACCUCGAAGCUACAUGCUGCUAGAAGAUGCUGCAGAGCUAGCUAAGACCUCCACAGGUCUUUCUUCAUCUUAUAGUCUGGCUGAAAGGGAGCUGGCUAAGGCAGAGAAGCUGUUGCGUAGAAGUGCCGCAGAUCUGGGGUCUACUGACUAUCUGGAAUCCACUUCCAGGCUACAUACUUUUGGAAAGACCCCUGAUGAAGAGGAUACUAUGGAAGAACCCUAUGAACUGAAACUUCUAAAGCAGCAGCUCAAGCAAGAGUUUAGGAGGAGUACAGGCGGAACAGAAAACCUAGAACAAUUGACAGGUCUCUCCCAGCACUACUAUACUCCAAGCUCUGGCAUCUCUAGCUACUCCCAAAGACAUUAUCCCAAGUCAGACAAGUACAGCAUUAGUCGGCUUACCCUUGAAAAGCAGGCAGCUAAACAACUACCCGCAUCUAUGUUGUAUCAAAAACACAAGCCUUCACUAGUAGAUCCCAAAAUUUCUUCCAAGUAUUCCUCUAUUUCAGACAACAGGGGUUUGGAGACAGACUAUACCAGCUAUCUUGGCUCUACCAGUGCAUCCCCAAGAUCCAGUCGGCUCAUGCAGGAUGAGAUAACCUUUGGCCUUCGUAAGAAUAUUGCAGAGCAACAAAAGUACCUUGGCUCCACAUUGGGGGCUAACUUAGCUGGGUCACUAAACUUGGGCCAGAGCUUGGGUUUGGACUCUGCUUAUCCUAGUGGUAGCCGGUCAAGACCUUCAUCCAGGCCUUCAUCUUGUUAUGGCCUGGACUUGUCGAUUAAAAGAGACCCUUCCAGCUCUUCUUUGAGACCUAAAGGAGAUGGUGAAACAUCUGGAGAUGGUCCGAGUUACCAAACCCCCUCUGGUCGCACCAAACCCACAAGCCUUCCAAUUGUGCAAAGUGGUCGUGGGCGAAUACCUAUCGUAGCCCAGAAUUCAGAAGAAGAGAGCCCAUUGAGCCCUGUUGGGCAGCCUAUGGGUAUGGCCCGUGCAUCAGCAGGACCUCUGCCCCCCAUCUCAGCUGAUUCAAGGGACCAGUUUGGUUCCUGCUUGUCCUUGCAGGACUCCCAGCAACAGCAACAUAUCAGGGAAGAGCCAACGAGGGGUAGGGGUUAUGCACUACUGGAUGAUCUUCAGGGCACAAUGUCAGAUAGUGAAGCCCUAAGUGAGUCCCUGAUGGCUUUGAACAGAGACGAUGCAACCAAUGCUUACCACCUCAGACGAGAGGAGACAGACUGGUUUGACAAACCAAGAGAUGGACGUCUAGAGAAUGGACAAGAGAACAGACAGGGAAAAGGUCCAUCUUACCCAUUCCCUCACCUCAGGGUCAAACUGCGGAGGGAUCCCAAAGACCGCAGUGUCUCAGGAAAUGGACUGGGUAUCCGUGUGGUUGGAGGAAAAGAGGUCCCUGGUAGUAAUGGAGAUAUUGGAGCUUAUGUUGCGAAAGUGCUACCUGGUGGAGCUGCAGAACAAACAGGGAAGAUUCUUGAAGGAAUGCAAGUCUUGGAGUGGAAUGGGGUUCUUCUGACGGGGAAAACCUACGAGGAGGUCCAAGGGCUUGUCGGACAGCUGUGUAAUGAGGCAGAAGUUUGUCUCAGACUUGAUCUUAACAUGCUGGCUGAGUCUGAGGGUUCUCAGCACCUGGAUUUCCAGGAGCACAGCAAAGGGGACAGACCUCCCAGGUCUCCAGGUGUUGAUCCCAAACAGCUGGCAGCUGAACUGCAGAAAGUGUCCCAGCAGCAGGCUCCCACGUCCACCUCCAGUCUGCCCGCCCCAGCCUCAGCAACCUCCAGCCCAGGUCAGCCAGGAUCCCCCUCCAUCAGUAAGAAACGCCACAGCAGCAAGACUUCAGAGGGAACGAAGAUCCAGUCUCACCCCAUCUCUGGAGAGAUACAGCUUCAAAUCCACUAUGACAAGCAGCUCGGGAACUUGAUCGUUCACGUCCUGCAGGCCAGAAACCUUGCCCCACGGGACAACAACGGCUACUCUGAUCCAUUUGUAAAAGUGUAUCUCCUACCAGGGAGAGGUCAGGUCAUGGUUGUCCAGAACGCCAGUGCUGAAAACAAGAGAAAAACCAAACAUGCUGGCAAGAGCCUCAACCCUGAGUGGAACCAGACAGUCAUCUAUAAGAACAUCCACUUGGAGCAGCUGAGGAAGAAGACUCUGGAGGUGAGCGUGUGGGACUAUGACAAGUGCUCCUCCAAUGAUUUCUUAGGAGAGGUUCUUAUUGACCUGUCCAACACCGCCCAGUUGGACAACAUCCCACGAUGGCUUCCCCUUAAGGAGCAGAGUGAAGGGGACCACCACAGACGCUCGCACUCAGGCCAGGGCCGACAUGGUUCCUCUAAACCUUCCUCACAGCACUCAUCACCUAAAACUACUGCUGCCUCACAUGAUAAUCAGGAUUCCCCUAAAUCAUCUGUCAUCAAGAGCCGAAGCCAUGGGAUCUUUCCAGAUCCAGCCAAGGACACGCAGGCGCCCACUAUCGAGAAAUCUCACAGUAGUCCUGGCACAUCGAAGCCUUCCCCGUCCGAGGGCCAGAGCCAAAGCCACAGCCACGGACACAGCCAACACUCUCGCUCACAUGGCGCUUCACGCUCUGGCAAAAGCGCUGCACGGCAACACCAUCAGGACAGCAGCAAUGGAAGCAGCGGAGGCGCUGCCAUAGCAACGGGCGAAGCCCAACAGCAGUCACAGCAGCAGCCACCACAACGCCUCCAACCAACACGGGCGAGUUUCAGAUCCGAUGAAGCCCCGGUAACCGCAGCCUCAUUGGACAGUGGUCUGAGUGGCAGUGCCUACAGCCUGUUGGAUGAAGAAGGAGAGACAAACGAGGUGGACAGUGCCAUCUUCCAGGUGCCCCGAUUUGGAAAGAUCCCAAAUGGCACAGAUGUGAAAUCAUCAAUGGGCCACAGUGACACUGAAGGUAAGACUCAGGUAAUGGGGGAGAUCAAGAUUGCUCUGAAGAAGGAGAUAAAGACGGAGGGCGAGCACCUGGUCCUUGAAAUUCUACAGUGCCGCAACAUCACCUACAAGUUCAAGACUCCAGACCACCUGCCUGAUCUGUAUGUGAAGCUCUAUGUGGUGAAUGUCGCCACCCAGAAAAGGAUCAUCAAGAAGAAGACCCGAGUGUGUCGUCAUGACCGUGAGCCAUCCUUUAAUGAAACUUUCCGCUUCUGUAUGAACCCGACUGGACAUUCGCUACAGCUGUUCCUCGUGUCCAAUGGUGGCAAGUUCAUGAAGAAGACUCUUAUCGGGGAGGCCUACGUGUGGCUUGACAAAAUCGACCUACGCAAGCGAGUGGUCAGCUGGCACAAGCUGCUCGCCAGCACUGCCCAGAUCCACUCAUAGGAGGUCUAAGAAAUCAGAUUUUAAAUUCUCAUCAUCUGUAACACUGAUCCAGUUACGUGGCUGUUUGGGUAAAGGGUGAUUUGGGUGCAGAACCUUUGUUUUAAACCUUGUUUCAGGGCUGGAAUAGUUUGAGUAUGAUCAGCUGGAGGAGACGUGUUUACAGAAAAUGAACACAUGUUUACAGGACAUGCAGUGAACAAUAGGGCUGAGGAGCGUUCAGAGGUCAAGCUCAGAAUCAACCAGGUAUUCCACACUUUAAUUCACAAACACAUGUUACUUUGCACACAGUCACUCACACAGAGGAGAAACUUUAACUCUAACAGAUACAGGGAACGGACACACGUGUAGAAUAGGAUUUAUUUAUUCCGAUGUUUUAUCCAGUAAAGAUUCUUAAAAUGGGCACUCAUCAUUUCUUUAUUAUAAUCUGCAGAUUUUAUUAAUUUACAUUUUUGGGAGAAUGAAAUAUUACAGACUCUUUUUAUUUUUGUAUUAUAAUAUUAAUGUAGAGUUCUAUAAUUUAUCUUCUCAGCUACUUAAUUUAAAAAUCUAUCCUUGGAGGGAAGCAGAUUUUCUAAGACACCUACUUAGUAUUCCAGUUCCAGAGGAAAAAGAAGUAUCAGCCAGAAUAUUUUUGAUUUUAUUGACAAAAAUGAAUGCUCCUCUGUACCGUUUCACAUGAAUUAUAUUGUGACUAUUGUUUGAUAGAGGAUCAAUGUUGAUAUAUACAGUAUCAGACUGGAUACUUUACAGUAUAUUGUGCGCAUGAGUCUAUCUGGCAUGCAGUGCCACAUAUUCUGCACAAAAACACACCUCUGAGGUUCACUUUGUAUAUAGUGAAGUGUCAUAGCUGGACAUGGGUAUGAUAUAUAGAUAUCUUAAUAUCACAGACAAUCGAGUUGAUGAUUGUGAGAUAGAUGUUUUAUUUCUCUAUUUCUCCAUCCCCCGUAGAAUGUGAGAUAUCGACCGUGUCAGAUUUUUUGUCUCUUUUUUUUUCAGACAUCCAGACACAUCAUGAGUCUUACAUCAGUCUCGCUUUGGUUUGUCAGGACAGUUGAACUCAAGAACGCACGCUUUUGUGGUAUUUUGCACUUUUUCUGCUUAGAAUGUAAAACUGACACCUGUUUUUUUCAGUUUGAGGAAGGAGAGAGGAAAAAAAUGAAGCGUCACUAGAUGCUGCUGCGAACAAGACAAACGUGCCAGGAACUAAUAAUGAUAAAAAGCACUAUUGCCAUCCUAAGAUACAUCACUCCUGUUACAGCAACGUGUUGAUGUUCAGUCCCAUUUCUUUUUCUUUUUUUUUUAAAUCAUGUGUAAAUUGUCUUACUCUUUAAUUUGUCAAUGUUUUGUCUUUGAACUUUUGUAUGCCCGUUGAGUAAAGUAGUGUGCUUCGUGGGAGUCAAGACAGAGAACUGCUGGUUCAUUUUCAUGCUCAGUCAAACUUAGCAGUAAAACUAUACUUAACAUUUGAGUGACUUCUAUGCAACAUCCACUGUAAAGAGGUAGGAGCUGCAUCUUGACUUGCCACAAAGGAAACAUUAAGAUUGAUGUUUGUUUUUGCACUUCUGUGUUUUUCAUGUCCUCCACAAAAGGGUUACUGCUUUAAUAUGAUUUAUUAUUAUUAUGAUUUUAACUUGUGAUAUUUGUAUUGCUGUACAAAUCUUUUAUUUCUUUUUUUUUUUUGCCUGUGAGACUACUUCAUGUGAUGUAUUAUAUUUGUUUACAGUACAUAUCAGGUGUACAGAAAAAAAAUGUGGCGAAAUUUUGUUUUUAUACACAAUGUAGUGUUUGUUUACAAUGUUUAGAGGGCCUAAAACUCAGAGAUCUAACUUUUUUGCCCUUGUGCACGAACACACACAUGAAAAAUUCCAUACAGCUAUAAGACAAGGUAAGGAAAAAUAACAUUCCUUUUUUGUGCACUCCCCCUAUUCAGUAGUUUUAUUUCCAGUCUGCAUAAGAGAAAUAAAAAAACAAAGUAAUGUAAUUAAUAGAGAUUCUAAUGGAAACAACAGUAGUUUUAAGGUCUGUGUGUGAGUGUUUGUUUUAUUUUGUUUUUAAACUCGUGCUUGUGCGUGAAGCAUCUUCAUACAGUAAGUCCGUGCAUGUCAUUUGCGCUAAUGCAUAUCUCUACUUUCAGCAAUGUCUAAAAAUACCAUAACACACUAUGAAUUUUACAUAAUCACACACACAGACGCCACCUUUCUGUUUCCAAAUUUGUAAAUACAUAGUUUUUUAUACUGAGGUUGGGGAGCAAUAGGUCUUUGAGCAGACAAAUAAAGUUGUGUAGAUCACAGGAGCAACUCUGUGCAGUGGUUUGACUGAAAAAAAGGAGUUUUUGUCUGCCUGAAGGGACCCAAAUUUGCCCAACCUUCUAUACCAAAACACAAAAGGUUUACCAGAAUCUAACACAGAGGUCUUAUCUUAACAACUCAAGUAGUUGCAGGAGAGUUUAAAUGUGCUCACACUGGAUGUUGCAUGUUUUGUUGGUGGUUCAUACUAUUUUUGUGUCCAGAUAUUACUACAGAAAAAAUUAAUAAAUAAAUAAAGGAAAGAUGUAGAGAAAGAUUUAGAGCAAAUAUGUCAUAGAGGGAGAAAUUAUGAAGAAAACCUAUAACUAUUGAUGAUGUAUGCUGACUGUACAAAGAUUAUGCUUGUAAAACCCGUCUGGUUUUCACUUGUAAGUAAACAGAAAAAAAAUCUACUGUCAUGGUUUUGUGAUUGUAUACAGGAGGUAUUGAUAAAUUAUGCAAAAUGUGCUGUAAAAAUGGCUGUUGCCCCAUGUCUAAAUAUUAAAUAUCAGUACAAAUUAA